AUGAAUAGCAAGACAAUAAAGGAUAAGAUAUCGAACCUGAUAGAUGGCGAGAGUACUGAUGAGUUUACCAAUCAACUUUCGGAAUAUUGCAAUAGUUUGGAGAAGAAACUGGUCGAUGAGAAAUCAAAGAAUGAUCAACUAAAGAAACAGAACGAGAAACAAAUCGAACUGACUCUGGCAGUGGAGAAGGAGUUGGCUGUGAAUAGAUCGAAAAUAUAUGAACUAGAGAGAACAAACACUCUACUGAAAAGUCAACUCUCUGAAUCAAAGAUAAAUCUCGAGGAAACCAAAGACGAUAUAGAGAGAAGAAUAUCUUCACAUAACAAACAAUUAGAUGAUUUACUAUCGAGUAUUCAGAUUAUAAAGAAAGAUGAAGAUGAUCAUAAAAAGAAAUAUGAAGAAUUAAAAGAAAAGGCUGCAAAUGAUGAGAUAAAAGCAUUGGAGAAAGAGAGAAAUAAAUAUAGAGAAGACGCAUCUGAUCUAAAGAGAAAGAAUUCAACAUUGGAAUUAGAUAGUUUUAAAGAUACACAGAUUCAAUCAUUAAAAGAUCAUAACUCUUUAUUAUCUAAAGAAAUACAAGAUUUAAAGAAGAAACUAGAAUCAACAAUUUCAUCUUUAGAUAAAUCAAAUUCAUUAAUAUUACAACAACAAUCAUCACUAUCAUCAUCCUCUUCAUCUUCUUCAGAUACAAAACUUCAAGAAUCACUUAAAGAAUGUGAAUUAAUGAAACAAUCAUUACAACGUGAAGUUGUAUAUUAUACUGAAGCUCAUAAUAAAGGUCAACUAAGAGUUAGUGAAUUGGAAUCACAGUUACGUUCAGUUGGUAAUCCAGAGUUGGCAAAGUUUGAGAUUGCAUCGCUACGUGAUAAAGUUGCAAGACAAGAACAAACGGUUGAGAAAUACAAUAGAUUGCAAGUGGAAUAUCAACAUUUGUUGGAAGAGAAAAAGAUGGCAUCAAACACAAUGUUUAGUUUGCCUAGCACCGGUGGCCUGAGUGUUAUGGAGCUAGAGCAGAGAGUGAGAGAGUUGGAGUCGGACGUUCAGGUUCACAUUGCCAAGAUCGGUCAGUUGAGUUCAAGCUUGCGGCUCACAGAGAAUCGUUGUGUUGACCUCGACAGCCAGAUCGCCGACCUGAAAGAGACACUUGUAAAACUUGAAUCGCGUAACAAAGAGAAAGAUGACCAGAUCUCGAGAGAGUUGCAAAAGACCAAUAUGUUCAAGAGGGAGCGUGACGGUAUCAAGCGAAUUCUCGAUCAUUUCGAUGUCGAGAGCAUCGUUGCCAGUGGCAAUGUAAAUGAAUUGUAUAAAGCACAGCAAGCUCGUAUCUCAGAGUUGGAGCGUGCCAACACCGAGAAGGAGAAGUUUAUGGAGGAGUUGGAAAAGUCGCUGAAUGCGCUCGGCGCCGAUGCCAGUCUGGCAAAUGGUGGAGCCGUUGACUACAAGGCGGAAGUUCAGAGUCUAACCAAGGAGAUCGAACGUCUCAUUCAAGACAAUGCUAUUUUGGAAUCUAGAUUGGGUAAAGGCGAAUUUGACACUAGCAAAACCAAGGUGUUGCACAUGACAUCGAAUCCAACCAAUCCCAAUAUUUCGUCGUCGUCGUCAGCAGACUCACCAAAAAGUCCAGAAUCAGACUCCAAGAUUAUCCAAGAGAAUCAUGGACUGAGAAUGAAGAUUACAGAGACCGAAAAGAUUAUGGAGCGUUUGAAAUCGGUUUUCAAAUUAAAGAUCAGCGAGUACAGAGAGGUCGUCUAUGCUCUCUUUGGAUUCAAGAUGGAUAUGGAAACCAACAAUCUAUACAAACUACAAUCGAUGUACGCCGAGCACGAAAACGACUACCUCGUAUUCCAGCGUGUCGUUGAAUCCAAGAACAAGAUUGGUAAAAUGGAAUUGAUGGAUACAGACUAUACACGUGCACUCGACAAAGAGAUAAGAGCAUAUCUCUUUAGCUGUCACUCUAUCCCUGCAUUCCUCUCACAAUUAACAUUGGAUUUAUUUAGUAAACAAACCUUCUACCCAUCAUAA